AUGAUGGCGACUGAAUUUCACAACUUUCCAAAUUUACCAACAGAGCUACGACGCAAAAUCUGGAGCUUUUGUAUACCAGAUGGCCGCGUCAUGGAGUUGGAUUGUCCCUCCCGAGAGAUAUUCGAGACAAGAUGCGUAAUGGGAUGGACAUCCAUUGCCAACGCGUUACAGCCAGCUUUCAGCCUAGUCUGCCGCGAGUCGCGCGAUGUGGCCUUUACAAAUGGUGGUUUUCUAUGGGAUCUACACAAAUCAUGUAAAGACAAAGGAUUUGAGCAGGACCCGAUCUGGAAUGACAUGAGCUUACUCGAUAAUCCGUGGUUUUACCCCGAAACGGAUACUGUACACCUCAACUGGGACGAAGAGUACGCAGCUACCUAUGACGUAAAUGACGACCCAUUUCCACCUUCAUCGCGUAUUCCAAGCUCGCUCGGGGGGGGUUCAUUCAUGGCGGAACUUAUGCACCCCUUCCAGAAGGAAUACAAGUACCGUUCAGGUCGCCCUAUGCUACUCGACAAUGCCCAUAAUUUUCCACUUCGCGAACAUAUGGAUGAAUUCAAGGUCUGCCUCAUUGUCAUCAACAUCCACGCCACCGCUACACAAGCUGUUGAUGCCAAGCCGGAAGAAAUAUUCGAGGAGAUGAUUCUCACACCCGAUGAUUUCGAAUCGCGUGUUCGUAGGUGGCAUGAGGAGAUUGAGCGGAUUUGGCUCUGGCACAAAUGUUCCACGAAGUUUGAUGAUGGCACACUGGGUACUGUUCCUUCACCCGAGAACAUAUGGACGGGGCCUGAGUUAAACCACAAUGUGACAAAAAUUUGGAUGAUGGGCAUACGUAUGCCGCAGAAUGAUUUAAAUAGGGCACAUCUGUGGGUACAAGCUACACUUGAUGAUAUGCCUCGUUUCCGUUCUGUGAUCAUGUUUAGAUAUUGUAACGCUAAAUGCCACACUCAAGGACGACCAAAACCAUUGAGUGGUACUGUUUCGGAGAUACCGGUGGUUCAUGACUAUAAUCAUUACAUGAGAGAGACAGAUGACUCUUUGACUCCAUAUUUGACGAUUCUAGAAGGUAGAUUAUCUUAA